AUGUUCAAGACCAAGCGUAGUUCUCCCCUUGCUGGGCCGAAAGCAAGCGCUCUCUCCAAAUGUACUCCGAUACUUGUUAUGCUGCCUCCUUUACUUCUUGCCGUAGCCUUAACAGCGCUUGACUCUCACGUUAUUAUCGGAUCAUGGCACGUCUAUAUAAGAGAGAAUCUCUCCGCAGUCUCAGCAGCGAAACAGAUUGUAGCUGGGGCAAUGGGAGCCCUGCAGGCUUCUGCGGUAUUAGCAAUUCUCUUUAAUUUCCCUACUCGCACGCGACUAGCUCAUCCUACCAAAGCUGUCAAACUCGAUACUCUUGGCCUACUGAGUGCUUUAUCAGUACCUCGCAUGGACUGGAAUCUACCAAAAAACCAUUGGCUGUUCGUCUUUAUAGCUAUCGGAGUUGGCCACGGACCCGCUGCCUUGUGGGCCAGCGCUAUUACCCCCUUACCGACCACACAUUCUGUGACUCGUGGCAGCAUGAUGGUUCCAAGCUUUCCAGAAGCCUCAGAAGAUCAUUGGGACCAAUUCGGUCAGAAUAGAACCUUCAACAUAACAACUUGCACGGUUAAAAGGAUGCCACAAACAGCAUCUUUUGUGACCAACUGUCCUAUUCCAUACCGCCAAAAUGCACUCAUCAACACAGCGCGAGAGGCCACGGCUCCAGACAUUAAUCCACGAAACCAUUCGAAGCUAGAUAAUCCGGUGUGGAUUUAUCAAGGGCGAUCUUAUGGUGCUGGCUCCUCUGUAGGAAUAAGCCCCCCUCAGGAUAUUCCCGCGGAUCUCCAGCUCAAUAACUACUCUUUCGAAGAAAUUGGCUACUAUGCAAGCGUACAGUGCCAUCAUAUUAGCCAACCGAUAAAUCUCACGCUUGAAUAUAUGAUGAAUCAAGGAUCACUUGGAGUAUUCCGAUUACAGGGCACUUUACCCAAAUUCAAGAAUUCGGCCCACGAUCCGGUUAUAGCUUGGUGUGGCAAAAGACCUGGCAAAGAUAUUUGUGACGAUCCUAAGGGAGCUACAAUGUUUGCAUGGUUUGCAGCGACUAAUGAUCAGGCACAGCAUGUGGUUGGUAUCAAAGCAACCAGUUGGUACGAACAUGACUUCGACAAUAUCCAAUGCUCAGUCGAAUUUGUUCCCACGGUAUUCACAGUUUCCGUAGAUGUCAGGGAUCGAUUGAUAAACGUGACAGCAAACGAUACAGCCACAACCGAUCCUGAUCCGACAGGUCUUCUUGUGAACAACACUGUUCUAUCUUUAGAGUUUCUCUCUAAGAUGAGCCCGUCUCUCUAUGUCUCGGUUCUGGGAGACGCAUUCUCGUACAAUCUGAAUACGACGACGGAAGCCUUUCCUGACAUGGCUCGCCCUGACGCUGCGCUCAGAGCCACUGAAGCUUCAUUCGAAGCAAUCCUCGACGACAUCCUCGGUAUAUAUGGAAGCGGUCAGAUAUCUAUAAACAACGACACAACGGUUAAGAGGAUCCAAGGCAGUUUCGACUCAUAUCGUAUUGGAAAGCCACUCGUGCAUACCCUCACACUUCUAUUGAACCUGCUCAUAGUCUCGGGCAUCUUGAUUGAAGCUUUCAGGACAAGGUUUUGGCGCGACCUCCCGAAGUACGAUAUAAUGGAUCUUAAAAGUACUGUCACCGCGGCCUCUUUUGGAGGGAAGGACAUCGCAAGGAAGAUCCAGCAGCAAACCCCCAAGAAGUGGACCGCGGAUCCGGGAGAUCGAAAGCUGGGCGAAAUCGAAGUUUGCCUGCGUCAAGACAAGAUCAAUGAACCCAGGAUCAUUCCCCAUCAUAACGGUCUGCUACAAGACGACGGUGACGGAGAUGAUAUAGAGAUGGAUGGGCCGACUGCACCCUUCGAGCCGGACCCAUAUGAAGGUGCCCCUUCAGUGUGGACUCCGCUCGGUCUGCACGAAGAGUAG